AAGUAGUGAGUUUUCAGCAGUAGCUGCAGCCUGUCCUCUCCUCUCCUGUCCUGUCCUGUCCUGCUCCCUUUUUCAGCUCACUGCUGCUAAACCUGCGGCCCUCCUCCUCUCCCCUCCCUUCCCCUUGUACCUGGGCACCAUGCCCCGGCCUCAACGGCAGCCCAGGAGAUGCAGGGUCCCCGGGGUGCCCCCUCUCUGCAGCCUGGCGCUGCUCCUCUUCUGGCAGCUGGUGAGGACCCAGGCAGCAGCUGACCCUGUUGACAUCCUGAAAGGCCUGAAAUUUAACACACAACCUGAAGGUGUAAAGAAGACCUCUGGCCUUUGUCCGGCCCGACGUUCAAGCACUGGUGGAGAUGUGGCCUACAAGAUUUCAAAGCAAGCUCAAAUCAGCGCCCCCACGAGGCAAUUAUUUCCAGGUAAAUUCCCAGAGGACUUCUCCAUUAUGGCCCUUUUCCGGGCGAAGCCUGGGACGCAGGCCUUCCUUUUUUCCAUAUACAACGGGGAUGGAAUCCAGCAGAUCGGAGUAGAAGUGGGACGCUCUCCUGUCUUUCUGUAUGAAGACCAGCACGGAAAUCCCAAACCUGAAGACUAUGCUUUAUUCAGCGGGGUCAAUCUGGCCGAUGGAAAAUGGCAUCGCCUCGCUCUGAGUGUACAGAAGAAGUCCGUCACCCUAAUCCUGGACUGUAAGAAGAAGAUAACCAAGCCACUGCCGCGAGGGAACAAACCCGUUGUAGACACUAAAGGAAUCACUGUAUUCGGGAUGAGGUUCUUGGAUGAGGAAUCAUUUGAGGGUGACAUUCAACAACUACUUUUGGCAAGCAAUGCCCAGGCAGCUUACGACUACUGUGAACACUACAGUCCGGACUGCGACUCUGCCCUGCUGAACACGCCGCAAGCCCAGGACCCCAAUACCAGGCAAGAUUAUGCAGAGGAAGAGGUGGAGUAUUACGAGUAUCCAUACUAUUAUGACAAUAAGGAGGAAGGGACGCCUAUCCCACCUACUGAAAUCAGUGCCCCUGAGGGGGACACAGUGGAGAAGAAAAACAAAGCCAAAAAUCACAAGCCACCAGCCAAGUCGAAGCCAAAGGUGCCUCCUCCUGCCAAGAGUACCGGCAAGUCGAAAAACGGUGUUGUGGGCAAGGCCCCUGCCAAGCGUAACACCCCCGCCAAGCGAAACACCCCAGCCAAGCGAAACACCCCAGCCAAGCGAAACACCCCAGCCAAGCGAAACACCCCUGCCAAGCGAAUCACCCCCGCCAAGCGAAACACCCCUGUGAAAAAUACUGUGGGCAAAGCCCAGCCCAAGAAAAAAUUUGCUGGCGCCAAGAGGAGGAACGUGGGGAAUAGUUACCAGCAGGACCCUGCCCCUCCCUCUGAACCUAUCAUUACCCCUGAACCCACCUUGUUAGAGCAAAGCCUUGAUUACACUGUAUCACCAUUCGAAGAAGAGGCUUAUGGGGCUUGGGAGGAAGAGCCCACGCCCGAAACCAAACCUGAUCCACAGGAAAAGGAACAAGCUCCUUCUACAGAUGUCAAGGGUAGCGAUUCCUUCACAGCAGAGUAUGUAACCGGAGAGGAGGAAAAUCCGACUGUCGGUCUGGACUAUGAGUAUGUGUACAAGGAUUAUCAUGAGGGCUCGGAGAGUUCACAACUUGGCCCAGUCCUCUCUGCAGAGACUCCUGAGAGUGGAGGUGCCAUUAGCGGACCCCGUGGGCUGAAAGGAGAUAAAGGAGACCCAGCUGCUAUAGAGUCAGGAAUGGUAGUUGAAGGUCCACCAGGACCAGAAGGACCUGCCGGUUAUUCAGGUCCGCCUGGAACACAAGGCCAUCCUGGACCUAUCGGUGACCCUGGAGAGAGGGGUCCCCCAGGACGCGCUGGUCUCCCCGGUGCCAACGGAUUGCCCGGACCACCUGGUAGCUCUGUUAUGCUUCCGUUCCGAUUUGGAAACAGCGCUGGUGAUAAAGGCCCAGUCGUGGCCGCUCAAGAAGCUCAGGCAGCGGCUAUAUUACAACAGGCCAGACUGGCUUUACGUGGGCCCCCAGGGCCAAUGGGAUAUACUGGAAGAUCUGGAGCUUUGGGUCCACAAGGAAGUCCUGGACUAAAGGGGGAGUCCGGAGAUAUUGGUUCACAGGGGCCAAGAGGACCACAGGGCUUGUCCGGACCUUCAGGAAAACCAGGAAGACGAGGUCGCUCUGGUGCUGAUGGGGCUCGUGGUCUGCCUGGUGAAUUUGGCGGCAAGGGUGAGAGGGGUUUUGAUGGACUACCUGGAUUGCCGGGAGAGAAAGGUAACCGGGGAGAUUCUGGAACUCAGGGUCCUUUGGGUCCACCAGGAGAAGACGGAGAGAGGGGAAGCGAUGGAGAGGUCGGAACUCGCGGACUCCCUGGUGAACCAGGAGUCAGGGGCUUGCUUGGACCCAAAGGCCCACCCGGUAUCCCAGGCCCAAAUGGAAUAAGAGGUAUGGAUGGGCAAGUGGGACCAAAAGGAAAUCUGGGCCCACAAGGUGAGCCAGGCCCUCCCGGACAACAAGGAGCCCCAGGCACGCAGGGUCUGUCUGGACCACAGGGUCCAGUGGGUCCCCCAGGAGAGCAGGGCCCAAGUGGCAAACCUGGCCUUCCCGGAAUUCCAGGUUCUGAUGGACCUCCUGGUCAUCCUGGCAAAGAGGGUUAUUCAGGCACCAAGGGAAACCAGGGUCCACUUGGUUCACAAGGAAGUAUUGGCUAUCCUGGGCCUCGAGGUGUGAAGGGAAUUGAUGGAAUUAGGGGCCUUAAAGGACACAAAGGAGAGAAGGGUGAAGAGGGUUUUUCUGGAUUCAAAGGUGACAUGGGUAUAAAGGGUGAUAAGGGUGAGGGUGGAGUUCCAGGCUCAAGAGGCGAGGAUGGUCCUGAGGGCUCUAAAGGAAGAUCAGGCCCCCAUGGCGACCCAGGUCCCCUUGGAUUGUUGGGUGAAAAGGGCAAGCUGGGUGUUCCAGGUCUACCAGGCUACCCAGGACGUCAGGGGACGAAGGGAUCACUUGGCUUCCCAGGAUUCGCAGGGGCCAACGGAGAGAAGGGAGCACGGGGUUUGUCUGGAAAAUCAGGUACAAGAGGAGAGAGGGGACCCUCGGGACCCAGGGGACAGAGAGGACCAAGAGGAGCCACAGGAAAAUCAGGACCAAAGGGUACAUCCGGUGGUGAUGGUCCAUCAGGGCCACUCGGAGAGAGAGGUCUUCCUGGACCACAAGGUACCAAUGGGUUCCCAGGACCAAAAGGACCUCCUGGUCCUCCUGGUAAAGAUGGAAUCCCUGGCCAUCCUGGACAGAGAGGAGAAGUGGGUUUCCAAGGUAAAAUUGGAACCACUGGACCUCCAGGUGUUGUGGGACCACAGGGUACUGCAGGAGAAUCUGGUCAGAUGGGAGAGAGAGGACAUCCUGGCCCACCUGGACCACCAGGAGAGCAAGGAUUGGCAGGCCCAUCUGGAAAAGAGGGUACCAAGGGAGACCCUGGAACCCUUGGUGUUCCUGGUAAAGACGGACCUGCUGGUUUAAGAGGUUUCCCCGGAGAAAGAGGCCUGCCUGGUACUCCAGGUGGUCCAGGUCUGAAGGGUAACGAAGGUCCAGCAGGUCCAUCUGGCCCUGCAGGAUCUCCCGGAGAAAGAGGUGGACCAGGCCAGGGUGGACCAAUUGGGCCUCCUGGACGACCAGGCCCUCAGGGACCAUCAGGUGCUAGCGGAGAAAAGGGUGUUCCAGGAGAAAAAGGACCAAUUGGACCUGGAGGUAGAGAUGGUUUGCAAGGGCCUGUGGGUCUCCCUGGAGCAGCCGGGCCUCCUGGAAUCUCCGGAGAAGAUGGUGACAAGGGUGAAGUUGGAGAGCAUGGUCAAAAAGGAGGCAAGGGUAACAAGGGAGAGCAUGGUCCUCCGGGUCCACCUGGUCCUAUUGGCCCUGUGGGACAGCCAGGUACUCCGGGUGUUGAUGGAGAGCCUGGUCCCCGUGGGCAGCAGGGAAUAUUUGGAGCAAAAGGAGAUGAAGGUACCCGUGGAUUCCCUGGAUCUCCUGGACCUAUUGGACUGCAGGGAUUACCAGGACCAUCUGGAGAGAAGGGAGAGACUGGAGAUGUUGGACCUAUGGGCCCACCCGGACCACCUGGACCACGUGGACCUGCUGGCCCAUCAGGAGCUGAUGGUCCACAAGGUCCUCCUGGUGGAAUUGGAAACUUGGGACCUCAAGGAGAAAAGGGUGAACCUGGUGAAACAGGUGUUCCUGGUAUCCAAGGAGAACUUGGACCUAAGGGACCACGUGGAGACAGAGGUGAAAAGGGAGAGUCUGGCCAAUCUGGCGACGCUGGACCCCCAGGUGGAAAAGGACCUGUUGGUGAUGAUGGACCUAAAGGAAAUCCAGGUCCUGUAGGCUUCCCUGGAGAUCCCGGACCCCCUGGAGAGAUGGGACCUAGAGGACAAGAUGGUGCAAAGGGUGAAAGAGGAGAAGAUGGAGAACAAGGAGAGGCGGGAUCUCCUGGUCCAACUGGUGAAAAUGGACCACCAGGACCCCUUGGCAAGAGAGGUCCUGCUGGCCCACCUGGUCCUGAAGGACGUGGAGGAGAAAAAGGUGCUAAGGGAGAGUCUGGAGCUUUGGGACCUCAAGGAAAGACAGGAGCUGUUGGACCUCAGGGAACUGCAGGAAAACAAGGUUCUGAAGGACUGAGAGGCUUGCCCGGUUCUGUGGGUGAACAAGGUCGUCCUGGUGCAACAGGUCAAGCCGGGCCUCCAGGUCCAGUGGGGCCCCCUGGUUUGCCAGGCUUGAAGGGAGAUGGUGGAUCUAAAGGAGAGAAGGGUCACCCUGGACUUAUUGGUCUUAUUGGACCAACUGGAGAGCAAGGAGAGAAAGGAGACAGAGGCCUCCCAGGACCACAUGGAAUUACAGGACAGAAAGGAGAACCUGGUAUUUCUGGUGUCACUGGUCCUAUUGGUCCAGGUGGAUCUGCUGGCCCCCCUGGUCCUCUUGGUCCUAAGGGAGCUAAAGGAUCAACAGGACAAGCUGGACCCAAGGGACAGAAGGGAAUACAAGGUCCCGCUGGAGCUCCGGGCCCACCAGGAGAGGCCAUCCAGCCACUGCCUUUCCAGAUGCCCAAGAAGAACAAACGUUCCAUUGAUGCCAGUCAGAUCAUGGCAGAAGAUUCAGCUGCAGAAUAUACAGAUGGCAUGGAGGAAAUCUAUGGAUCUCUUAAUGCUAUAAAGAAAGACAUUGAGUUAUUCAGAGCGCCAAAGGGCACAAAGGAACACCCGGCUCGGACAUGCCAGGACCUUCAUCUUUCCCAACCAGAUCUUCCAGAUGGUGAAUACUGGAUCGAUCCUAAUAAGGGCUGCGCACGAGAUUCCUUCAAAGUCUUCUGUAACUUCACUUCAGGGGCAGAGUCUUGCAUCUUCCCAAGCAAGCGCAUUGAGAAGGUGAAGAUGUCUCCCUGGAGCUCGGAAAAGAAAGAGACUUGGUACAGCAAAUUCAGGAGUGGCAGUAGGUUCUCCUAUGUGGACUUAGACGACAACCCUAUUGGAGUGGUCCAAAUGACCUUCCUUCGCCUGCUAAGUGUGGGCGCUCGCCAGAACUUCACCUAUCACUGCCAUCGCUCUGCUGCCUGGCAUCUGGCCUCAGGUGACACCUAUCAAAAGGCAUUGCACUUUAUGGGCUCCAAUGAUGAGGACUUCUCCUUCCACACAAGCCCAUACAUCAAGGCCCUCAGAGAUGGCUGUGCGGCAAGGAAGGGCACAGACAAGACAGUAUUAGAGAUUCACACCCCCAUUGUGGAUCAGCUUCCUUUGAGAGACGUUAUGUUCAUGGACUUCGGAGAACCCAACCAGAAAUUUGGCUUUGAAGUGGGACCUGUAUGUUUUCUGGGCUGAGGCUAAACAAGACUAGAGACAUUCCCCCUACCCAUUUGUAUCCCUUUCUGAAAAUAAAAAAGGAGAAGCCCCCAUCCCCUUUAUUUCUGUACACCAAUAUUGAAGAAGCUCAGCUGAGGAGCAGAAAGAAAGCCCCUCCUGCAAGGUGGAACAAGAGACCAAAAGAACUUGGUCAACACGUGACAAUGACCUAUAGCUGGGCGGAUCUUCUGAUGACCAAAGAAAGAGUUUAUCAUAGACUUUUUAGCUAGAAUUAUUUGAGGCUUUUUUUAAAAUAAAUGGUAAAAGAAACACCAUUCCCAUGCAGAAAACAUGGUGUUAAUGUCCUAUGUCCAGCCGAAAUCUACACAGAGGACAUUGCGAGCCACUUCUUUCACCCAUACAGAGCUGUCUCUUUCUUUACAUUUUCUUUCAAGCUCUUACGUCUCCAGUAUUUAAAAAAAAAGAACACAUGCAGAUGCGUAAAAACGGGACUCUUAUUUUUUUUCUUCUGUGGAUAUAAAGAUUUACAUUUUAUUUAAAAAAUAAUAAAAUUUGUGAUAAAGUUCCCCUUCUGCCUGGCACACAAAAAACGUGGGAAAAAUGUUUUUUGGAAACAAAUGUCCUGAACAGACAAGAAGACGAAAUUAUCUGUGAACAAGAUUUCACUAUGGUGCUUGGAGUAAAGCUUAUUUUUUGACCAACAAGAUUAUAUAUAUAACAAAAAAAAACCUCACAGGUGCUCAGAGUAUUACUGUGUAAUGUUUGUAAGUAUUUUUUGUAUUGUAAUAUAUAAUCUAUAAUUUUGCUGCUUUUUUAUUUUUAUUUGUUUUUUUUUCUUACUCUUGCGCAUGUCCAUACAUGACUUCCUGCCCGAACUAUCAACUUCCUGUCAGCGUCUGUCUAUUGUGUCCCCUCUACUACCUGUUAACUGCCACUUCCUGUUCCCUGGCCUGCUCUGUGUCUACCGUUUCCUCCUAUUUUAUUUAAAUAAAUGAUGUGCAAAAGGUGAAAUCCACAGAGGAAUAAAAUGUCAGGAUGGGUGCAUUUUUUAAAGGGGGGAUUUGGGGGAACACAACGUAUUUCUGGUUUCACAUCUCACUGUGAGUAACCCUUUCCAAAGAGAGAAAAGUUUUCUGGGUAAUGCCAAAUUUUUAUAUCAGGCCUGCAAGAGAAAGUGCUGCCCAUUGGAUAAAUAAAGAAUUAUAGGACCUUUGCCUUUAUCAUAACACCUACUACAGGGCAGGUAUAUGUGGUCAGGAGGUGAGCUUUUUGGAGUAUCAAGUAUUAGUUGCUGCUCCGGUGAAUUCACGUCUAUGGUAUUUUAAAAACAAGACCCCCGGGCUGUUACGGACCACUAGGCAGAAACUGUUGUGUUCCACGGAUUGGUGUCUGGGCUCAGAAAAGGCUUUAAACACCCAACAAGUGAAAGAUAAGUUUACAGGCUUGAUUUGGCAUUUACCCAGAAACCCCCUUUUUUUAUUUUUAAUAUUAUUAUUUGCAAACAUUUUCUGAAAACUUUUCUAAAAGGGAAUGUAUGGUAUAUUCUCAGUGGGUACAUAUUUUAACUACUUUUGCAGUAAAUUUCCAUGUGACUUUUA